UUCGGCCGGGGCUUCGUGCUGCGCCUGGCCCCCGACGCCAGCUUCCUGGCGCCCGAGUACAAGAUCGAGCGCGUCGGGGGCUCCGGCGGGGCGGCCGGGGGCGAGCGCGAGCUGCGCGACUGCUUCUUCUCGGGCACCGUGAACGGGGAGCCCGAAUCGCUGGCAGCCGUCAGCCUGUGCGGCGGGCUGAGAGGCUCCUUCCUGCUGGACGGCGAGGAGUUCACCAUCCAGCCGCAGGGCUCCGGGGACUCCCUGCACCGGCCGCACCGCCUGCAACGCUGGGGACCCGGGGCGCCCCGCACCCAAGCCCAGCCCCUCCCCCGAGGGCCCGAGUCGGGGGUGCAGAAGGGCAGUGGUCAGAGGCAGGAGAGAGACGAUGAGCGCGAGGAGGAAGAGGCAGACGAGGUGGAAGGAGAACAGGAGGAGGCAGAAGGAGACAGCGAGCUGCCACCAUUUCUGGGGGCCACGGGUAGAACCAAGCGGUUUGUGUCUGAGGCUCGCUUCGUGGAAACGCUAUUGGUGGCCGAUGCGUCCAUGGCUGCCUUCUAUGGAGCCGACCUGCAGAACCACAUCCUGACCCUAAUGUCUGUGGCGGCCCGCAUCUACAAGCACCCCAGCCUUAGGAACUCCAUCAACCUGGUGGUGGUGAAAGUGCUAAUAGUGGAAGAUGAGAAACGGGGCCCAGAAGUGUCUGACAACGGUGGACUUACACUGCGCAACUUCUGCAGCUGGCAACGACGUUUCAACCAGCCCAGCGACCGGCACCCGGAACACUUUGACACAGCCAUCCUGCUCACCAGACAGAACUUCUGUGGGAAGGAGGGUAUGUGUGACACCUUGGGCGUGGCGGACAUUGGCACAAUCUGUGACCCCAACAAGAGCUGCUCUGUGAUCGAGGAUGAGGGGCUCCAGGCAGCCUACACUCUGGCCCACGAACUUGGGCACGUCCUCAGCAUGCCCCACGAUGACUCCAAGCCCUGUACACGGCUCUUUGGGCCCUUGGGCAAGCACCAAAUGAUGGCGCCCCUCUUCAUCCACCUAAAUAAGACGCUGCCCUGGUCUCCCUGCAGUGCCAUGUACCUCACGGAGCUCCUGGAUGGUGGGCACGGAGACUGUCUCCUCGAUGCCCCCACCUCAGCCCUGCCCCUCCCGACAGACCUCCCGGGCCGCAAGGCCCUCUACGAGCUGGACCAGCAGUGCAAGCAGAUUUUUGGGCUGGGGUUCCGCCACUGCCCCAACACCUCUACGCAGGACAUCUGCUCCCAGCUUUGGUGCCACAUGGAUGGUGCUGAGCCCCUGUGCCACACGAAGAAUGGCAGCCUGCCCUGGGCUGAUGGGACACCCUGUGGGCCUGGGCACCUUUGCUGGGAUGGCAACUGUCUGCCUGAGGAGGAAGUAGAGAGGCCCAAGGCCAUGGUGGAUGGAGGCUGGGCCCCUUGGGGACCCUGGGGAGAAUGUUCCCGGACCUGCGGAGGAGGAGUACAGUUUUCAUACCGUGAGUGCACCGACCCUGAGCCUCAGAAUGGAGGAAGAUACUGCUUGGGUCGGAGAGCCAAGUACCAGUCGUGCCACACGGAGGAAUGCCCCCCUGAUGGGAAAAGCUUCCGAGAGCAGCAGUGUGAGAAGUAUAAUGCCUACAAUUACACCGACAUGGAUGGGAACCUCCUGUACUGGGUCCCCAAGUAUGCGGGGGUGUCCCCCCGGGACCGCUGCAAAUUGUUCUGCCGCGCCCGGGGAAGGAGUGAGUUCAAAGUGUUUGAGGCCAAGGUGAUCGAUGGCACCCUGUGUGGGCCGGAGACUCUGGCCAUCUGUGUCCGUGGCCAGUGUGUCAAGGCUGGCUGUGACCACGUGGUGGACUCACCUAGGAAGCUGGAUAAAUGUGGGGUGUGUGGGGGCAAAGGCAACUCAUGCAGGAAGGUCUCUGGUUCCCUCAACCCCUCCAGUUAUGGCUACAAUGACAUCGUCACCAUCCCAGCUGGUGCCACGAACAUCGAUGUGAAACAACGGAGCCACCCAGGAGUCCAGAACGAUGGCAACUACCUGGCAUUGAAGACCAUCGAUGGGCAGUACCUGCUCAAUGGGAACCUGGCCAUCUCUGCCAUAGAGCAGGAUAUCUUGGUGAAGGGGACCAUCCUUAAGUACAGUGGUUCCAUCGCCACCCUGGAGCGGCUACAGAGCUUCCGGCCCCUGCCUGAGCCUCUGAUCGUGCAGCUCCUGACAGUCCCUGGUGAGGUCUUUCCCCCCAAAGUCAAAUAUACCUUCUUCGUUCCUAAUGACGUGAACUUCAGCAUACAGAACAGCAAAGAGAGAGCAACCACCAAUGUCAUCCAGCCCCUGCUCAAUGCACAGUGGGUCCUGGGGGACUGGUCUGAGUGCUCGAGCAGCUGUGGAGCUGGCUGGCAGCGGCGGACCGUGGAGUGCCAGGACCCCAGCGGCCAGGCCUCUGCCACCUGCAACAAGGCCUUGAAACCUGAGGAUGCCAAACCCUGUGGAAGCCAACCAUGCCCCCUGUAA